AUGUCUUUUACCUCCAAACUCCCCCCGUCCUGGAACGACAGACCCCCUCCUCGUAAGGUGGAGAUUGACCUGAGUUCACCGGGGCUGGCUGUGUUGGAGCUGGAACGACUUCUGUUCACUGGGAAAGCCAUCAACAGCCAUGCAGACGAAGUGUGGCCCAGACUUUACAUUGGAGACCAGGACAGUGCUACGAAUGUCCGCCAGUUGGCCAACCAUCAUGUCACCCACGUCUUGAAUGCAAACCACAGUAAACGGCGAGACGGUGCGGAGACUUACCUGGGAAUGAACAUCAAGUACUUUGGCAUCGAGGCUCAUGACUCCUGUAACUUUGACAUGAGUGUCAACUUCCAGACAGCCGCAGACUUCAUCCACAGGGCCCUCAGUGGAGGAGGUAUAGUGCUGGUGCACUGUGCAGUGGGGGUGAGUCGUUCAGCCACCCUGGUUCUUGCCUACCUGAUGCUGAGACAGAACCUGACCCUGGUGGAUGCCAUCUGCGCCGUGAAGGACAACCGUGGUGUGAUCCCCAACAGAGGCUUCCUCCGACAACUCAUCAACCUGGACACCAAACUGUAUGGCCACCUCCGCAACACUACCUACACCUAGAAGACUGAUUAUAUCAGCUUCUAUUCUAUUCUAUUUUGUCUAUUUGAGCAGUGGGUCACGAAGCUUUUCUUUUUUGGGAAACAUUUAUAAAAAAUAAUCAUACUGUGACACUUUCUGUAUUUUCAAAGUUCUAUAUCUUGAAAAUGUAAUUGCUGACAUGCAAAACAUUUUGGUACUGUACCAGCAGUGGACUAAUGAAACAAAUACCAAAAUAUAGUUUGAGUGUAAUUUUCCUUUAAGUUGGUGAAGGCUAUGUGAGAGACUUGCAUUCUCGUUCCCAGUAUUCAAAGUUUAGCUGUAUUCCAUGUUCUGCUUUUCCUAGCAGUGUCUGGCUGUAGAAUUAUUUUUACAUACCUCCCUUUAGAGAUAAGACCGCUGAUGGUUUGGAGGUCAAACUUGAGAAA